AUUUCUCUCGCACACAGUCGCAUCCCAGCAGCGAGCCGAGCCCUCCCCUCCCGUUUCUCUCCGCCUGGAAAGAUGGCUGCUCCGGCGGUGUUGAGGAGCUCCGGCCCGCCGCUCUGCCCGAGCUUCGCGGAGGUCUGUUCGUUCUUGGAGCGCUACGGAGCGGCGCUGGAUCUGCCCGAGAUGACUUUCCCGCAGAUGGAGAGGUAUCUGCGGGACACGACUACAGUUCCCAAACCCCUUGUGGAGCUCCAUGUGAAGCUGCUCAGGAAACUGGGGAGGUCUGUGUCUGCUGACCGCUGGGAGAAAUACCUGGCUAAGGUGUGCCAGGAACUGAACAGCACCUGGGCAUGGGAGCUGGAACAGAAGGGCUACCAGGAGAUGUCCGUGGAGUGCAAGUCCAGCAUCCUGAAGUAUCUCUGCGAGUGUCAGUUUGAUGAAAACCUCAAGUUCAAGAUGGCGGUGAACGACGAGGACCCGGACAAGAUGCGUCUGAAGCCUGUAGGUCGGGACCGGCAGGGCCUGCUGUACUGGCUUCAGCUGGACCAGGAGCAGAACAUCCGGCUGUACACGGAGGAGCAGGAUGAUCUGGACGGAUCCACCUGGAAGUGCAUCGUCAGGACUCGUAAUGACCUGGCCGAGGCUCUGGAGCUGCUGAAGGCCCAGGUCGAUCCCAGCCACAGUCAGGAACGGGACCAGAACCAGGCCGGAUCCAGGAGCGCCAGCCCUGCAGAGAAAGCAGCUGGGCACGAGACGAUCAGAAGCUCCCACCCCGAGCCCUCCAGGACCUCAGAGGACCACAGCGAUGGCACGAAGGUCGACCCUCUAAAGGGAGAAAAACCAACGAGACCAGAGGUGAAGCAGGAGCUCGCUCCGCCCGUCAAACAGGAAAACACUGAUGCUGAGCUCAAAGAGGAGAAGACGCUCAACAAACCGACUGUCUUCGAUAACCGCGUGAGCACCAUCACCACCGUCAUCAAGUCAGAAUCGAGGGACGCCGACGCCCCCAGGAACGCAGUGUCGGUCGUCAUGGCACCCGUGGCAAAACAGGAAGAGGAAGCAGAGCGAGCGGUCGUCAGGAGCAGCCAGCAGGCCAAGAUACCACUGAAGAAGAGGGAGCUUAAGCUUGCAGAAAGCUUCCACAGCAAUCAUCUCAGCAAGAGUAACAGCAGCAGUAUUAUCGUCUGUAACCCGUCAGUCAUCCACACCAAGGACAGUCAUGGAAGGGAGGGCAAGCUGUCCAACUCAUUGGCGCCCCCUGGUGGCUCAGCUGCCUCUCAGCCACAGUUGGUGGUCAGUGCAUCGAGGCUGGAACUGACCAACGGGAGAGUGUCGCUCCUGCCGCACAAAGACGGACAAAACGGGGUCGUAGGUCAGGUUAGCGUCGUGGGUCAUGUAGGAGUCAUCCGCAGCCCGUCUGAGCGUCACAGAGCCCCCGGCGCCGAGCAGCAGGAACAAAACGGUCCGGGUUUAGACCUCCGGGGCUCCAGAUCAGUGGAGGAACAACGGGAAGGGAGCCGGCAGUCAGUGCUGGUGAGGAAGGGCCUCUCAGAAGGUGAGACGGUAGCGGGAGCUGCCACCCUCCCUCCACAGGCGGUAACGGCGGCUCAGACACCCAGGAAAGUGGACUCGGUUGGGGUUUCCUCGCUCUCUCAGAACACAGAGGAACCCAAGAGACAGGCUGCAGAAGAUCAGGGUAAAAAAAUGACAGAGGAGAAUAAAAGUGGGCAGGAUGAUGAGAGGAGAAGAGAGGUGCUCAGUGUGGCAGAGGGAUUAAAUAAAGACGACCAUGUGAAGAAUGAAAGCGCUUUAGGAGAAGUGGAGGCACAAUCAGGCAGCUCUGCUUCACCUCCAAAAGUGGACCUGCAGGAUCCAAAGGACCACCAGGGGGAGGGCGUCAAUGGUGGGUUAGCAGCACAGGACAGGGAGAAGGACGCAGAGGAGAGGCAGGGCCCCCUGGAGGAAGCCUCCUCUGAGCUCCAGAAAGAAGGAAUCAGGCUAAAGAUCAAGAUUCCUCCUCACCGCAGAAACAAGGUGAGGGGGAAAACAGUGAAGGAGGAGGAGGAGAGAGGGAGGGAGCCGGAGGCGCAAGAGGAAGGGAGGCCGCUGAGGAGGUCUGCGAGGAUCUGCAGGCCAAGCUCGAAGGCGGCUGAGAGCCAGAAGAAAAAGCCACAACGAAAGCAUGCACUGCCUACCAGAACCAGGGAAGAGGAGGAGGAGGAGGACGAGGAGGAGGAAGAGGAGGAGGAGGAAGAGGAGCAGAGCUCAGUUACAAAGAGAGACAAAAAAGCUGAACCAGCUGGGCAGAUACGAAAACGAAGGGGUAAACGAAGGCACCGGCGCCCCCGGUGGUCCAACAUUCGCUCAAAGAGGCGCAAACUGAACGAGGGAGGGGAGGUGGAGGACAGCGGGAGGAAACGGGGAGAGGAGGAGAGCGAAGGAGGCAGCGAUUCAGAGGAAGGGUCAUAUAAAUCUGAGGAGAUUCCCAGCGAGGACGCCUGCACCCACUGUGGCCUCCCCAACCACCCAGAGCUGAUCCUGCUGUGCGACUCCUGUGACAGUGGAUACCACACUGCGUGUCUGCGGCCGCCUCUCAUGCUGAUCCCUGAUGGAGAGUGGUUCUGUCCCCCCUGCCAACAUAAGCUGCUGUGUGAGAAGCUGGAGGAGCAACUGCAGAAUCUGGACAGCGCUCUGAAGAAGAGAGAGCGAGCAGAGAGGAGGAGGGAACGGCUGGUGUAUGUGGGAAUCAGCGUGGAGAACAUCAUUCCUGAGGGAGAUGAGGAGGAAGAGGAGAAGUCUGCGAAGAAGAAGGAUUCCAAAAAGAGCAAAAACCUUGGGAGAAGGUCAACCAGAACCAGGAAACACAUCAGCUACAGGUUUGAUGACUUUGACGAUGCCAUUGAUGAGGCCAUAGAGGAGGACUUCAGGGACCUCUGUGGAGGAGCAGGGCGGGGCAAAGACAUCACUGCCAGCCUGUCAGAGGACGGGAAGGAGAGUCAGCGGCCAAUCAGAAGCCAGACUCAUGCUGCUCGAUACAGGAAGAAGCGAAGACUGAAUGACCUGGAGAGCGACAGCACGGCGGCGGAGAGCGAAGAUGAGUUCAUGCUCAGCAACAGCUCAGAGGACGAGGAUUUCGGUGCAUCAGGAGCAGAUGAUGAUGAAGAGGAGGAAGACGAAGAUGCGGGCAGUGACGGCGGCAGCUGGGACCGCAGAACUCGCCCCAAAAAGGCGCUGAGAGGAGUGGCUAAACACAGACCCGGCAGGACCCGAGGGCGGGGCAGAAAACGGCUGAGACGGCGACGGAGACACUCCUCUGACGAGGAGGAGGAGGACAGUGAGGAAGAGAUGGACUCAGAUCAGUUCAGCGACAUGACGGACAGCAACAGUGACAAAAAAAGGCGGGGCCUGAGGCGGGGCCAGCACCAGCAGGUCAACUACCGUGAGACGUCGGAGUCAUCCGACGACUCGCGCAGUUCCACGAAGAAGGAGAAGGUGAAGCGCCACGGCAGACCGCGCAAGGAGCGACUCUCCAGCGACUACAGCGACGUGUCGCCUUCUUCCAGAGACUCGGAGGAGGACGAUUAUGAAGACGAAGAGGAAGAUGACCAGAGGAGGAGAGUGAACAGGAGGAGAAGACAUGAGGAAGAUCUCCGGACGAGAAGGACGAGAGACAAGAGAAGGAGAUACGAAGAUGAGGACGCGGGAGAAAGGGGGAGGCGGCUGAAGAGGAGACUGCAGGAGGAGGAGGACGAGGAGGAGAGAGACAAGCGAAGGAGGUUAAAGAGGACGCACAGAGAGGAAGAGGAGGAUCCAGAGAAGAUGGGCAGGGGGAAGAGGAGAGAAAUCCUGUCACAGCAGCGGCGCAAACGGCUCGCCCAAAUGCUGAAGAAACGGCAUCCUUCGACGGACGAGGAGGAGGACGAGUCAGACUCUGAGUCGUCAUCGGAAGAGGAUCGUCCGGUCCGCAAAAGACUGAACCGCAUCGACUCGGAUGAUGACGAAGAGGAGGACGAGGAGGAAGAGGAGGAUGAGGAGAGUGAGGAGGACGAGGACAGGAGACAGAAAACGACGACCAAAAAGUCUUCAGCGGGGGUGAGGAGGGCUGACAGUGACGCUCAGGAAAAAGGGAGGGGCCGCAGCCUGUCUCCGCCAAACAGACAUCGGCCCUCCAGAGGCGCAGAGCCCAGGGACGCUGCAGGGUCAGGCAGACAGGGCAGACACAACGGUCCCUCACAUCCAGAGGAGGAGGAAGAGGAGGAGGAGGAGGAGCAGACGGACUCAUUAGACUCUGUCCAGAACAGUCUGCAGUCAUGAUGGCUGUUGGCGUGCACACCGCUCGCUUCUUUGUUCCACGUUUUCUUUUAGCCGUCGAGCCUCUCGCCACAAACUGGAUCUCACUGACUCACCUUCCUCGCUCUUCUUCCUCGCUGUCGUAUUGUGUUAGAGUGCAGCUGUCCACCGUUACACGCUGGAACACAAGCUCACGGUUACCCUUUUUUUUUUUUUUUUUUUUUUUAACGGGCGGGCGGACCAAACGCCUCCCGGCAGCUGGACUGGCUCCACCUCACCGUCCACCCGACGGGUCCACGGGACACGAUCACAGCUGACCGAACUCCCACGGGGAGUUUUUGUCGUGUACUUCAUCCUACAGCACUUCAUCAUUCUCAUAGCACUUAAUAAGCCGGCACCGAGGAGGACGUCGGCAUCGAAGCGGGCACUUUGGAUCAUGUGAUGGUUGGAGAACAAAGUCUCUGUAAUGGUGACGAUUAGACUGAAUAUUUGAUCUCUGAAGCGUUGCUUCACAAAAAUAUAAAUUAGGAUUUAGGAAAUUGUGGUUUAAUGAUGUGGAAUCAUUGUGGGCUAUGAAGGAACUGCAGCUGAAGUCAUUUGCAACAAAUGUAUUUAAAAUACAAACUUAAAUUUUCUAAUUUCUAAUUAAGCUAGAAAUUAAAUAUUCACAUUUAAAGCAAAAUCUCACUCUGUGAUUAUCGGAGACUUUCACAUUUCUCCGUGGGCUAAAGUUUGGGAAUGGCUGUUAUCACCUAAAACAUUAUUUGAGACAUUAGAUGAAAUAAGUGGAGCCUGCAGCUUAUUCAUGAAGACAAACACCCAGAAACUGCCCGCAGUCCAGUUCACGCUGGAUAAAGGAUUCAGACCCGUUAACUUCCUGUGUUUAGGAACGUUUUGGGGCCCAUUCUCACAGGGAUCAACGUUUUAGUCGGAUAAAACGGUUUGAGAUCCGGAGAGAUCCUGGAUAAUGUGGUUCUUCGAAGCAGCUGGACGGUCACAGCUGCAGGUUUAUUCGGUGUAACUGACGUUAAAUGACGGCCGGCUGUGGUCAGUAAUUUCUCAGGACCAUCGUCCUGAUCCUUCAGCUGCUCUGUGACCCAUCCAUCCAUCCAUUCGCUUCCGCUUAUCCUGGUCAGGGUCGCGGGGGGGCUGGAGCCUAUCCCAGCUGUCAUAGGGCGAGAGGCAGGGUACACCCU